UGGCAGAGAAUAGCAGUCGUUUUGGGGGCGACACCGCUUCGUCGGAUCGCAUAUACACUCGCAUAUAUUACAUACAGAUCCGUAUACUAUACGCAUUGGCGAAUAGAUGGGGUAUAUUCUUGUUAAAAGUGCUAAUAAAUUGACUGGCUGCGUCGGCAAGUGUUUCUCGUUAUGAAAUUCGAAAGGGUUCGGUGCGAGGCGUGCGAACUGCGGCCGCCUGUUUGCCAGUUGUGAUAAACCCAGCAGUACUACGGUGGGAGAUAGUGCAUAACCCCCAGAAAGAUUCCACCGGUUGGAGAAGGGAACCGGGUAUCGGGGACCGUCCAGUCAUCGUUCGCUGGCUUGCGUCUAAAGUUCUCUCCACCAGCUUGUAAUUGUGAGCUGUUGCUUUUUAUUUACUCUCAGCUCUUUCCUCCGUUGUUUUUUGUCCCUGGAGUGUGUUGUGCCGUGCAAUUAGAUGUACAUAAAUUGGCGGGGGGACUACGAUCUCGCUCUGACACCCACCCCGAGAGACUGAAAAUAAUAACAGCCUCGAUCGCGGCGAUAAAACACAGUUUAAACCCGCGGUACCAUAAACCAGCUGAGAAGAAAAGAGAAGGAUUGCACUCUAAAGUUCUCUCGUUUCGUUGCGACUCUCUGAUUUCUGCCGGAUUUUAACUGUUAUUCUCCAGGCGCCAGAAAAAAUGCGUCCGAAAAAAGUGGAGUACCGCGUAAAGCAGACGCCUUCGCGGCCUCUGCAGAUGGCUGGUGGCCGGAUUGGAGCUCUUGAGGAGGACAUGCCGCCGGAGGACGAACUGGCGGCCCACUAUGAGGCGUUCGGCACAACACCGCCCCGCACUAGGCUAAAAAUCAAAAACCGGGAUUGGGAACGCAAGCAGAAGGUUGUCAAUGUGGCGGCUUCCGCAGAUUUACCCGCCAGUGUGGGCGGGACGCCCAAAAAAAACACCCGGAUGGCACGAUCGCGCGUCCUGCGGCGCAACACCAUGGACUGCGCCCUGCUUAACGAGAUGUUCGUUAACGAGGAAAACAAGCGGACAGACAAGCGGCUGCAGUCUAUGCUUCGCGACUCGGAGCGCGAGAUGAAGAACUCGCUGGCCACGACGGCGGUGGCGGCUCCACGAGGCAACAGCUUUCACGAGACGGCGCACCCCCUGGAGUCUCUCGACCAGAUCAUGCCGCUCAGCUCGGAGGCUAUGGCCCCGCUCCCACUGAGAAUUGCUUCCAAGGUGGUGGAGAGCUGCAACCGCUACCGUUGCGUGUCGUCACGUCCGAUUGGCUACAGAUCUUCGGCGCCGCCGCUGGCCUUUGCCGCUCAACUUCCUGCCGGGAUGUUGAGGAGCGAUGGAAGGGCAACCGCUGGACUGGGGAAACGAAAAGACUUCCACGACACGUUUGCCAACCUUAUUAAGCUGGGCAGCGUAGACCGACAGGAUGCCAAGCUGUCGCAGGAGGAGCACACCUGGCAGACAGAGCUAAAGGAUCUCAUCUGGCUGGAGCUACAGGCCUGGCAAGCCGAUAGAACGGUGGAACAGCAGGACAAGUAUCUUUUCGAGGCGAGACAGGGCGUCUCCGAUCUGCUCACCCACAUUAUAAACUACAAGUUCCAGCCACGUUACCGUCGCGAGCCGAGUCUGAUCAGCCUGGACAGCGGCAUUCAUUCCGACAGCAACUCUAAUGCCAGCUCUCCGCUGCCUAGCAAAAUGUGCCAGGGCUGCAUGUCUCUUUACUGCAAGGAUUGCAUGGAUCAUCAGGAGUUGGCGCUAAGAGAAGUAGAGGGCAUGCUUUCGCGUCUGGAAGCCGCCGAGGCACUGUAUCCAUCUUCACAAGCGAUGGGUGCCCUGCAUCCAAUUUACAAGUCACAGAGCUUUGUGGGCCGCAUUAAGUCCAUGUGCUUAUGGUAUAACAUUACCAAGCAAAACAAACUAAAGCUUAGUAUUUUGGGAAAGAUUCUGGCCAGGCUGCAGGAUGAGAAGUUCUCAUGGCCCGUCUGCACUUCAUCCUACAUCGCAUCGGAUAGCGGUAGCUCAUCUGCCUCUGGAGUGGAUAACGAUGACUCGGCUGUUAACUCGAUGGAUUCAUCCAAGCCGCCUAGUAUGACAGGAUCGGCCACGCGCAAGGGUUGUCGCAACGGAAGUGUAACAGCCUGCCACAAGGUGCAGUUUAUGUUAAACGAUGCGACCCAUGUGCCGGGCGAGACAUCGAGCAGCAAUGAAUCAACCUCCACGGAGAUCAGCCAGCUGUCUAGUGAGUGCUCACACGGCCACAUGCGCAAGGGCUCCAUGCACGACAUAAACAUCUUUAGUGUGGAGCCAUUGGGUUCUUGCAGUAAUAAUGGAACCGGGGAGCAGUCUACCGGGCUGUAUCGGAAGUUCAUCGAGAAUGUUCUCAAAAGUCGUGGACUGGCCAAAUCCCUGGCCUUCCUCCAUAAACUGCACAAUGUGGCACUGUACAAGGCGCACAUUGCCCUGGAAAAAACAGGAGCCGACGACUUAGAUUAUGAUUCAGACGCGGAGUCCAUUGAGGAGGAUGUCCCGAGGCUGGAUCCCAAAAUUAGCCGCGAGCAGGUCGUGGAGCUUCGCACUUACGGUUACUGGAGCGAGGAAGCGCAGUCAAUCAAUCUGCCCUCGUACAUUCCCACCUUUGUCUUCCUGAGCGGCAUUCCGCUGCAGUUCAUGCAUGAGUUCCUGCGCAUGCGUCUCGAAACGCGGCCUGUACGUCCCAAUCCCCUGAGUUUGGAGCAGCUGAUGAAGGAGCUUAGGGAGGGUUUAACCCUGGCAUUGACCCAUCGAGAGCGUUACCAACGUCACAUUACCACGGCACUGGUAGAGAACGAGGCAGAAAUGGGCAGCUACAUCAGCAUUCUGAACCAUUACGAUGCGACGGUGCGAAAGACCUUUGAGCUUUACCUGGACUACAUUGAUCAACUAGUCCUGGUUGCCGUCCCGGAGGGAAACCAGAAGUCAGUGCUGGAGAAAGAGUGGAUGUUCACCAAGCUCAUUAGUCCAAUGAUUAAGGGCAUGCAUACCCUGGCCUCACAAAAGUUUUGUGGCAUCAUCAGCAAGCUGCUGCGGAACAUUUCGGAACGCCUGGUGAAACGAACCGUGGAGCUAGACGAGCAGAUUGAGGGCACUGCGGAGACUGAAGACAACGAGGAGGUCAAGUGGCAGCUGCUGACCAUCUGCCGAGAGACGCAAUCACUGCUUACCGUCGAGCGGGAGCGGUCCAUCAAAGUGCUCUUCUUCGCCAAGACCUUCUGCCGCGACGUGGAGACAACAGACUUCCAUCGCGAGCACUACGAGCAUGACGUGGCCAACCAGCAACAUGAUUUCAUCUGUUCGGAUGUGAAGGCGGCAUUUAAACUGUUGCAGCAGGAUGUUUUGCAGGUGCGCAACAAGCUGACAGCGAUCAUCGAGGGCGUGCAGAAGCGCUGCUGUUUGAGCAACAUGCGGGACUUGGACGAGCAGGACAAGCAGGCUGUGCUUUCAAGGACCCGCGAAAUCCUUCAUCAGGGAUACAAGUUUGGGUUCGAAUACCAUAAGGAUGUAAUCCGGUUGUUCGAGCAGAGGAUUAUGGACCAAAAGGACAGUGGUGCACAUACGGUAGAUCUAGCAUUAGGCAUCAUCGCUUAUGCCAAGAUGUGGAUGCAUUUUGUAAUGGAGCGUUGCGAACGUGGACGUGGCAUGCGUCCUCGUUGGGCCUCACAGGGUCUGGAGUUUCUGAUUCUUGCCUGUGAUCCGCAGAUCACUCAGCACCUGGAUGAUGACGAGUUUGAGGCGUUGAAGCAGCAAAUGGAUCGCUGUAUUUCGCACGUGAUUGGCAUCACUUCCGAGCCGGAAAAGGUGGCGAAGAAGAAGGCAUCGCCACGCACUCGCAAGACCUCGUCGCCAGCGACCUCGCGCUCUCGGACACCCACCCGGACUCCCAUGUCCGCUGGCAUGGUGCUAAAUCCGAACACGCCUCCACUCCAGUCACCGCCGUACAAUAAACUGCUGCAUCCACAAUUCAGCUUAAAGGAGGAUCUCCUGCAGCAGUCUGGGAAUACUUAUAGUUCCGUCGACAGUGCAGACUAUGUGGACACUCCAUGCCAAAGGAGUCCUAACGGCGAGCUACGCCUGCUGGUUCCCCAAACGCCGCCAACGCCUGCCUCUUCUGGAAAGGGCAGCAUCGAAAGCACACCGCUGGCACUGCGGCAGGAGCGAGUAAGAGAUGCGGUGAAUCGUUUAGAUAUGGAUCUCGAGGACUCGCUACGCGAACGCAGGUUGAUUGGCCAGUUAAAGUCAUUGAACUCCAGCGACAAAGUGCAUAUAAGAGCACGUAGUGUCCACUUCCGCUGGCAUCGCGGCAUUAAGAUCGGCCAGGGACGUUUUGGCAAGGUUUAUACGGCGGUAAACAAUAACACGGGAGAGUUGAUGGCAAUGAAAGAGAUCGCUAUCCAGCCUGGCGAGACGCGGGCACUUAAAAACGUUGCCGAAGAGCUGAAGAUCCUGGAGGGGAUCAAGCACAAUAACCUGGUGCGCUACUACGGCAUUGAGGUGCAUCGCGAAGAGCUGCUCAUCUUCAUGGAACUGUGCUCUGAGGGCACUCUGGAGUCGUUGGUGGAGCUGACUGGUAAUCUGCCGGAGGCCCUGGUCCGCCGCUUUACAGCCCAGCUGUUGGCGGGCGUGUCUGAGCUGCACAAGCACGGCAUUGUGCACCGCGACAUCAAGACAGCAAACAUCUUUCUCGUGGAUGGCAGCAACAGUCUAAAACUGGGCGAUUUCGGAUCAGCGGUCAAGAUCCAGGCGCACACCACCGUGCCCGGCGAGCUGCAGGGCUACGUGGGCACGCAGGCUUACAUGGCACCGGAGGUGUUCACAAAGACAAACAGCGAUGGCCAUGGCAGGGCCGCCGAUAUCUGGUCGGUGGGCUGUGUGGUUGUCGAAAUGGCCUCGGGCAAGCGUCCUUGGGCCCAGUUUGAUUCCAAUUUCCAGAUCAUGUUCAAAGUGGGUAUGGGCGAAAAGCCACAGGCUCCGGAAAGUCUGUCCCAGGAGGGACACGACUUUGUCGACCACUGUCUGCAGCACGAUCCCAAAGCGCGUUUAACGGCAGUGGAACUAUUGGAGCACAAUUUUUGCAAGUACGGUCGAGACGAGUGCAGCAGCGAGCAGUUGCAGAUGCAGGUGCGAGGCUCUUUCCGGCGGAAUGUGGCGACCAGCAGCUAAUCGUGGCCCAUUGCUUAGUUAUGUAAACCUUCUUUUGUUUGGCUCACCUCUACAUAUGAUGCAUAUGUAAACCGGUGUGAAUUUUGUUUAGAGUCUAACUUAUGUGAAUGACGAUUAUUUUAAUGGCCACGUCUAGUUUUAUGUUUGACAAUAUAUAACCCGUAUAAAGUUAUCAACACCCUGUCCUACCGUAUCCCAAAUCAUUUUUUGCAACUGAACAUUACACGUAUUUAAAUAUAGUUGCAUUAAUUAAUUUUUAA